GAGAGAACAGUUCACUCUACUGCAGCUGCAUUACCUUGUAUGACACUCUUCAGCAUCUUUAUCUGUGCAAGUUUGGGUUUGAAACAUGAUCUCAAGGCUGGUCUUUCUACUGUUCUGUGGAAAUAUUGCACUAAAUCUUGGAAAUGUUCAGAAAUUGCCAAGAGUUAAGAGACAAAGCCUAAGAGUUCAGAUCAACGUCACUGAUGAUACAGUCUGCAUGAGAUAUAUUCGGCCGAGUCUAAGCACCAAGUUGGAAGGCUUCAUCUUGGGGUACGGCAGCAGCUUCUUCUCUAACCAGUAUAUUUCUCUGCCAUCAGAUGGAAAAUCUUACAUUACUGAAGUUGAUGCAGAGCCAAGAUACUUGAUUGCAGUGAGGCCAGCACCUGUUCCAAAUUACAAGAAACCCUGUUCAGGUAAAAUGAACAAACUAAAACCCCUUCAGUUGGUUAUAGGCACUUUAACUCCAACUUCUGCCUUCUUGUCAUGGGGAGUCCUAGUCAACCCAAAGCAUGACUGGACAACAAUGAAUAACUGUGCAAACGGCAGAUUUUAUACAGUUCGCUACAGAGAAAAGGACAAGAAUAAGAAGUGGGUUCUUCAGCUUUGCCCAACUACAGAAACAGUGGUGGACAAUCUGAAACCUAACACAGUGUAUGAAUUUGGAGUGAAAGACAAUACUGAUAAUGGGAUCUGGAGCAAGAGUUUCAGUCACAAGAUGGCUGUUCCUGGCAAAAGCAAAGAAAAUGGACAACUCCAGAACAAUAUCAAAUUAUCUAAAAUUCCAACGUUUAUACCAGUAGAUUCAAAAGCUCGAAUUCCCAUUACAAUAAUCAAACAAGUACUUCAAAAUAUCACACAUCGGGCACAGUCUAAAAGCCCAGAGAAGUUCCCUGUAUCAGGACCAAUACAAGUGCACAUUAUCAUUCCAGAUUUAAGUGGAACUCAACAGAAACUGCCUUCUCCCGUGAGAUUGGAUAUAUCUGAAACACCAAAGAAAACACUGGCUCAGAAUGAAAGUCAAGAAUGGCCUUCAGAAUCCAAGACAGCAGAAGUUCAAGAAAUUUCUCCACAAUCCUAUCCUGCUAUGACUGUACUAGACUGGGAAAGAAGUCAACCUACAGCUCCUAGUGUCUCAGAAGAAUCAGAAAGCUCUCCAGUUCACACUGAAAGUGACCUUGAGUCUUCGAAACCUAGCAUAACACCCAUGGUUGAAUUGCCACUUUCCACACUGGCUCCACGCCAUUUUCCAGAAUUUCCUAAAACUAAAACAACUCCUCCACUCCAAAUACCCACGGAAAUAUUGGCUUCGAGUGAAAUGCAACCAGUUCCCUCAGUACCCCAAACGCCUGCUCCAAAAACCACACAGACAAAGCCAGUUUACAGCAAACCACAGCCUGCUUUUUCACGUGCCACAGCUUCUGAUGAGAUUGAUCUGUCAGACUCCAAACCAGCAGUAACCAAUGAACCCCUGGAAGCUCUCACACCUAAAACAUCUAAAGCUCUUGACCAGCCAAGGGCAACUCUGGCUCCAUCCGAAACUCCAUUUAUUCCUUUUAAAUGGGAACCUUCUGCCACCCCAGAAGGAAGGCAUUUGAAACCUGUCCCCAGUCUACCACCUUUGAAGCAGGAUACACCUAAAAUUUCCAGGAUUACUGAACAAUUAAAAUCUACCCCAGCUCCUCUGGAAACAAAAUUUGUUCCUUCUACACCUAAACCUUUUGCCCGACCCGAAACACCAGAACUUAAAUAUGAAAAAGAACCUCAGUGGGAAAGCACUACUACUAGCAUUUAUAAAACCCCUGAAUUGCCAAGAACAACACUGGCUCCCAGUAAAACAAAAAUCCCUGUUUCCAAGCCCCAAAUCCUUCCCCAUCUGGAAGAGCCAAAGACUGUACCGGCAGUUACCAGCAAAUUGAUUCCAGUGCCAACCACAACUAAGGUUUCUCACACUGUUGGACAUCCAGUCACAACAAUGGCUUCUUAUGAACCAAGCUCUGUUCGUUCUAAAUCUAAAGAAUCCAAGCAUGGCAUGCCAGAAGUACCAGAUAGCAAGCCUGUCUUGGAACCUUUUACGUUUAGCAAUGAACUCCCGACAGUAGCUCCAAAAGCCAAACAUCAUGUUCCUAGCCAUAAAACAACCAUUAGUCCUCAUGUGCUACAUCCUAAACCUGAAAAGAAAGACCCUGAGCCUUUCAGACAUGAGACUCAGCUCAGCCCUGAUGAGCCACAGACCAAGCCUGAUAUAGAAGCAGUUACAAUUGGAAAAGAAAAAUCAAAAACAACGAUAGCUCCUAAAGUAUCUCAUCAAAUUCCUGCCAGAACAAAAACAUCACCCAGCCCUGGUAUAAUAUCAACAAAACCUAGUACAAAAAGCGGCCGCCGAGUUUCUUCAAAACCUAGCCCAAAAGUACCUCAAACAAAACCAGCAGAAAUUAUUCAAUUUUCUCAAGAUCCUAUCAGUACCAUGAUACCACAAGCUACUGAAACAGCAAAGCCAACACUUGCUUCAGCAGUGGAACAGUUCAUUCCUAAUAAAUCAAAACCAUCCACCAGGCCAAGAAUGCUAGAAACUAAACCUGCAGCAGUACUUCAGACAACCUCACAACCAUUUAUACUAAAACCUACUAUGUCUUCUGAAACACCAAAGUUAACUAUGGCUUCAAAAGGAACACAGUUAAAACCUAAAACACCUGGCAAAUCAGACGUAUCCCAGACUAAAGCUGUUUCAUCCAAGCCCCACAGCAGUGCCACAACUGAAAGUCCACGUCUGAAAACUGUACCACAUAAAAUCUAUCUCACGACAGCAAAACCUAAGACGUCUGAAAAGCCACAUGGCAGGCUUGUUAUAAAUAAAACAACACCUGCCCCUGGUAGAACAAAAACACCUGGUGGAUUCACAUGGGGUAAAGUAUCAAGAGGGGACAAACUAACAGACCGGGAUGCUACCAGGGUACUUAGUACAAGUUCUAGUAUAAGCUACAACACACCAGUGGAUUCUGCAGUUGCAAGAAAGAAGCCAGAACCUGUAGCUACACCACCUGACUCUCCACGACCACCCUUAGCUCCUGCCAAGCCUACACCAAUGAAAAGAAAACCUUUGCCUCCAAACACUGUGACUGGUAAACCUGGACGUUCAGGAAACAUCUUGAUGCCACAAGCCUCUUCAUUUUCCACAGCAUCUUCUACAGCAAAGCCUACUGGGCCAGCUUCUCUCACAAAAACAGGCUCACCAAAAAAGCUACCUACAGCAGCUUCUUCUCCAGAUUACAGUAAUCCAAUGUUCAGCUCACUUCCUACAACAGAGACUGAUAUUGCAGGCACGCCAAGGUAUAGAGGUGACCAUGUAAAGUACAUUAAAAAAGAAGAAAGUGUGCCAUGUUCCAUCACGGAUACACUGCAACACUUUCCCACAGAAGAGGGAGACAGUACUGAGAGGGCCACUGCUCCUCCACAAAAGCCUCCUACGAACCUCACCGUGGUGACAGUUGAAGGCUGUCCAUCAUUUGUCAUACUGGAUUGGGAAAAACCACAAAAUGAAACUGUCACAGAGUAUAAAGUUGUAUCAACUGAAAAUGGAGGCCCUGUUGGAAAGGACAAGUCCAUUAUAACUACAAAUCAAACUCAUUCUACUGUUGAAAACCUAAAACCUAACACAAGUUAUGAAUUUGUUGUGAUACCAAGUAACCCACUUGGUGAAGGUCCAAGUAGCGAAUCAAAGCCAUUUAAAACAGAAUCAGCAGACCCAAGAGUGACUGAGCCCAUUCCAAUGGGAAAAGAUGCAAUUUGGACUGAAAUCAAAUUUAAUUCUGAUACCUAUUCUGAAUGCAAGGGGAAACAGUAUGUGAAGAGGACUUGGUACAAGAAAUUUGUCGGUGUACAAGUGUGCAACUCACUCCGAUACAAAAUUUAUCUCAGUGAUUCGCUUACAGGUACAUUUUAUAAUAUAGGAGACCAGAGAGGACAUGGAGAAGAUCACUGUCAAUUUGUGGAUUCAUAUUUAGAUGGAAGGACUGGCCAACAGCUUCCAUCAGAUCAACUACCUACCAUAGAUGGUUAUUAUAGAGCUGUUCGACAGGAACCUGUUCACUUUGGAAAAAUAGGAGCUGAGACACAUACUAACUAUGUUCAGUGGUAUGAGUGUGGAACCACAAUACCUGGAAAAUGGUAGAACAAGAGAUGAACUGAACAUUGAGAAAUUGCAUCCAGCUAGGACUAUCAUGGGCUCAGACAUAGAAAUGUGUCAUGGUAUUAUGGACGUCAUGCUGAAAUCUAAUGACAAUACUGUGUUCAUUGUUCAAUAGCAUUGGCUGCUUAAUUAUAGUUGUCCAGAUUUACGGAUCUGUUCCAGGAAGUGUUAGAACAUACUAUAAAUUGAUGUCUUGGGAAGCUGGCUCCCUAUUAGUCUAUUAUGGUACCAUCUACAUAUUUUAAAAGAUGUAGUUUAUUAUUUAUCAUUGUUGUGUCAUUUUGAGGCACCUUUAUGAAAAAGAUUAAAAACAAAUAUGUAUUCUGAAUUUUAUUGUUACUGCCAAAGUUCAUGCUCCAAUUUAGUUUUGAACAGACAUAAAUUAUUCAGGCAGGUGAGCUCCUGAAUUAACCUUUCUGUCAAUAUAUACACCCUGUGGGAAAGUAUGCAGUUCUACAGCUCCAUCUGAAUAUUAUCAUAAACUGAUGAUGUGGCAUAAAUACACUCAGUCUGUCUUAAAACAUUUCAAAAAUAAAUCAUGUGACACAGUUCACACCUGUAACCAAUGCACCAUACAGUUCUGUGGUAAAAUCUUUGUUACCACUCUGCAAGAUAAUACAGGUAAUCAAGCUACCUCAGGCUGAGCACUCACCUGAGUAGUUUGUACAGGUUUCUAACUUUGAUUGCUCAAUUGGGUUUUGACUCAUCACAGCAAAGGCAAUAUAUUAUGUGGCAACAUGAGUCUUGCAUGCCUGGAGCUGGCAGUUGCAGAGGUUGCACACAUAUUUUCUUGUGGCAUUCAUUUUUGGACUUAAGUGGAAGUUAUUACAUCUUCAGGGGAAAUUUACUUCUCUAAUAUGAAUUAAUUUUAGCUGGGUUCAAAAGAAAGAAUGAAACUACUUCUCAGUUGGCUACAGCAAAGAAGAGACAGGCUAUUGUAUGCACAAACUUUAAGAUCUGUGAUCACGACCAUAAAAGUGGAACAAACAUAAUUCCCCUCCUCAAAAUACUGUGUGCUCUGGUAUGGGUAUACGAGCAUGCAGUAUGUCACUUAAGAACAUGUGACAGUUUUAAGCACAGGUUUUUCCUUCCACAGACGCAGACUCAAUUAUUCACAGCUUCUGGGGAAAGCUGCCUUUGAAACAUGCAUGCAGUACUCAUGUAUACAAAAUAUACAGAUUGGCACAUUAAGAAUAAGUCAAGUUAACACUUAUCCUUGACAGACUGGUAUGAUCAUUCUGAGUUAAGUGUAGAUCAAUGCAGAUGUUAAUGAAAUGGUGUGUAGAAUAGAUUAUUGGCAAAGCAUACAAAAGCACCUACAUUUUAGUUGUAUUUAAAAACCUGAUUUCUAUAUAUAUAAAAUUGAAGAGUAAUGUGAUCUGCUUUGUAGAAUAGAAAAUUAAGGCUCGUUCUGAAAAUAGGUAAUUCCUUUCAUGCUACGUAAAUUGCUGUAUUUGUAUUGCUUGAACAUUUAAACAUUAUAUAUAAAGAGAUGUAGGUUUUUUAAAGUUGUUUAGUCAAUGUAUUAAAAUAUAAGAAGGAACACGAGGAAUAGUGGAUUGGUUGUUUAUAAAAAAAAGUUUAAGUACACUGCAGGUACACUGUACUCUUAAUAAAGUAUUUUUAAUCAA